ACUCUGGCGAGUCAGAUGGCCCAGAGAGACAGGGGUCACAUCUGGGACCUCUUUUGCUGUGCAGAGUUUGGACCACAAAAACCUGGCUGGUAUUGGAGACCUCAGGGGUAGAGUGGCUAGAUGUGAUGCCAACAUUGCCAAGCUGUGUGCGGAUGUGAGCACAUGAGAUCAUCAGGCUGCAACAGGAGGGGUCAGGGGUCAAGUCUGGCCUGGGAGAGAGACUGUGAGAGAUGGAAACCAAGCUGUCCCAGGACUCAAGCAGAGCCACAGCCUGAGGAACAGCCUGGACUGAACUGGGCAAACCACAUCAAGCUCCUGGAAGCCAAGAGCUCUGGUGGGCAAAGGGAGGUGAUGGAGGAAACAGACAGAUUGAGGAAGUGGACAGAGCAACAGCAAUGCAGCUCAGCCCAGGCACACACACACAGGGCAGGGAGCUGUUACGUUCACUGCUGCAGGACAAAAUGGUGGUUGAGGCGGAUGGUAGACGAAGCCAGCAGCUCGGCCUGCUGUCAGACCGUGUGGGGAGAACCGAGAGCCAGCUGGAGAAGGAGCGCCAGGCCGAGAGGGCGAACCAUUCAGAGAUUCGCGUCCACAGCAGGAUUAACGCUGUGGAAACCAGCCUCCAGGAAGAGCUGCAGAGGAUCAAACAGGACCACCAAUCAGAAGAUGUCUCUGACAUAUUUUGGCUGGGACGUGACCUACGACGACGAUUCCCUGCUGUUGGAGCUAGGUGCUGAGCAGGAGCCUCAGCAGGAGCAUGUCUACCCCAUGUACCACGGCACAAGCCUUCAGACAGCACGGAAAAUUCUCGCCGAAGGCUUUCGCCAGUCUUCCGACGGCAUGCUGGGCCCGGGUGUGUACGUGAGCCGCAACCAGCGCAAGGCCGAGCGCUACCCGCUGAAUGCCCAGGCCUCGAACCGCGUGGUGCUGAAGCUGCGCGUGAACGCCGGCCGCGUGAAGCGCAUAGACCAAGACAACCACCCGUUGCAGAAGAGUUGGCACGCAGCUGGCUACGACACGGCAUGGGUCCCCCCCAACUGCGGUAUGCGCUCCGUGCCCAGCGGCCUGGAGGAGGACUGCGUGUUCGACCCCCAGCGGGUGGAGGUCACAGGCAUCGCCCUGGCUCCCGACACCCCCACCCUGGCUGAGCUGAAGCAGCUGCUGUCGCAGAGGAAGAACGGGGCUGGGCAGGGCGGAGCUGGGAAAGGUGGGGCGGCUGGGGUGUGCGCGCUUUGCAGGAGGAUGACCACACCGGGUCUCUCACACACUGUGCAGCCCUGCUGGGGCUGCGGACAGAGUAUCUGCACCCUGAUGAGCAGACACACCUGCUCUCCCAGGGUGUGAUGGAGAAGAUAAGGGGGAGCAUUUAUAAUUUUACCCAUGGGGGGGGGGUUAUACGUGGAAAGCCGAACAGCUAAAUGUGUCUACAUCUCAAUCUAUAAAGCCUGGAGACAUGGUCAAAAGGUUUAGUUGCAGGUCGACAAAACAUUAAAACAGGGAAGAUGCAUGAUCUAAGCAACUUUCCUGUUGGCGCCAGGCAUGGUGGUUCCAGCAUCUCAGAAACAGCUGACCUCCUGUGAUUAUCAGCGCUAGUCUUUUAUUUGCAAAGAAUGUUACGAUAAACAAGAAGCAUCCAGUGAGAGGAGGUUCUGUGGGCAAAAAUACCUUCUUAACGAGAGGUCAGAGGAGAAUGUCCAGACUUGUUCAAGCUGACACAAAUAACCACUCUUUACAAUGGCGGUGUGUAGAAAGGCCUCCCUGAGCGUGUAUGUUGAGCCUUAAAGUGGAUGGAGGCUUACUAGAUAGGCAUACCUAAUAAAGUUUCUAUUGAGUGUAGUUUCAUUUUGUUUACUUUCAAAAGAAAACUGUAAAUGCUUACAUUGUAAAACCGACUGAAUCAUUUUGCAACUGAGUCCGACUAAUAAAUGCACCCCUAACCUUGAAUCUCAA